CUUUUGCCCCCCAGAAGCAUAUUGAAUGGCACAAAAGCUAGUGGGCGAGCAGAAUUCAGAGUCGGGUCAAAAUUGAAUUGCUGAUGGUUCGAAUGGAGAACUCAGCCUCCUUUUCGUUUCCCCGUCCAUUCCAAUUCCUCUCCCGGACAGGAGAGUCCUUCAACCACAGCCAAUUACCUUCUUCUCACUGCCGCUCACCCCAGCCUUCCCUGCCCCUCUUCUUUCUCCUCAGCCAGACACUUCUAGCCCAAUUGUUCUCUGUUCCACCAUCCUCAUUCCCUGUUGAGAUGGUGAACAAGUGAAGAAAGACAGACGGUGAGAGUGCCGGCCCAGGCUCAAAGGGAAAAGAUCACCGCCAGCUCUGGGUCUUCUCCUAUGAUGAGUAUGAGUCGAAUCCGAUUAGAUCCAUCGGAAAAGUGAGAGAACAGGUAGACGGUGAGCUGUGGAGCCACCGACAGAGGUGUUUUGCUUUGCUGCUUCUGUCAAGUGGAGGAAGAAGCCGAAGGUGAGCAGUGAAGGGCUGGACGGUGAGCUGUGGAGCCGUCGACGGAGGCGGCUGAGCAUCUGAGACUUUAGAUCCGGAGCUCGUCAAUGGUUGGUGGUUGCUCUGUUCUGGGUUUUGCAGAGUUUAAUUCAGCCCGGCCGAUUGGAGCGGGCUGCACAGAUCCAGCGGGCCUAGCGGGUUUUAACGGGUUAAAACGGGCCAUUUGACAAAACGGGCUGAGGUAUGCAACCGGCCCGUUUUAAGCCGCUUCGGGCCGGGCCCAAAAGCACUGGUUUGAAGGCGAUUUUCCUCUACAAAAUUUCUGGAAGCAAAAUGACUAAAAAGCCAUCACUAGAUCAAAGCAAAAUUGGAGGGCAAACUGGGAAAAUGGGAGUUGGCAAGACGGUCGUCCACGUAAGCUUUGCAUGUUUACUGUUUACAAAAGCACGAAACUCAGUUCCUACCAAAGAGAUAGGCAACCAUGGGAAAUCCAACCACGGGAAAUCCAACAAUGGGAAAUCCAAUCAAGUGGAUGAUCAUCUCCUUUGUAAUCGCUCUUUUCGGUGUCCUACCCCUGGUUUUCUCCCAUGCCGGCGUGGAUCCACCAACGGGAACCGCAUCUUAUUAUACUCCUAGUCGUUUCGCACGAACUGCCUGUGAAGAGAAGAACGGUUCAUCGAAGCUGCCCGACUCAAUCUACCCUGUCGCGGUAAGUGACAGAUUAUGGGAUGGCGGAGCCGGGUGCGGGAGAAGAUUUCAUGUCCGGUGCAUUAGCGAUGGACAACCGCAUCUCUGCAAGAGUGGAGAAGUCAUAGAGGUGAGUAUUCAGGACUGGGGAAAAAAGAUGCGGAGCCGAGCGUCAGAUUAUGAUGCUGAUAUGAUUAUCAUCCAAUCAGGUUUUGCAAAAAUUGCAUAUCCAUAUGCACAUUCCGUUCCGAUUGAGUACGAGGAGGUGCCAUAAUAGAUAUGAUUAUUACCAUAAUAUUAGUUUUUUCUUUUUUUUCCAAUUUUAUAAAAUAAGGAGAAGAGAUUGUUAUACAGGCUUACUGCGUUUUAGUUCUCCAAGUUUUCAAUGGAAGGUUUUGUAGGUAUGGUUUGUAAUAAAGGAACAAGAGAGUGUAAACCUUAUUCGAUUUUUUUUGUCUUUUCAUUUGUUGUUCCCGUUUUUGUCACUUAAUUCCCUUUGGAUGUGGGCCCACACGAUUAACUGA